AUGGAAUUAAGGAAAGUAAAGGAAGUUAAACCCGUGCAAAAUGAUGAAAUUUGUAGCAAUUGUGAAACUUUUGGUCAUCUUACGCAUGAUUGUCCUAACAUUCCAAUUUUCAAAGAAGUUUUACAUGAUCAAGGCAAUGCUAUGAACACUUUCAAAAAGCCUUUUUCUUCGCCAUACUCAGAAACAUAUAAUCAACAAUGGAGAAAUCAUCCCAACUUUAGUUGGAGAGAUGAUAAUCGUGUUCAUAUAUCUCAACCUCAAGGGCUUUCAAAAUUUCCUUCUUUUCCACCACCACAAUCAAAGACUCUUGAGGAAACAUUGCAAUCUUUUAUGCAAGGACAAGCAAAUAUUAAUAAUCAAACUUCACAAGCCAUCAAUGAAAUUAAGAACACACUUUCUUCAUUGACUUCUUCUUUGCAUUCUCAAGAGAAAGGAAAAUUUCCUGCUCAACCUCAACCAAAUCCUUCUCAGCAAUAUAAUGUAAACGCUUCUAGUUCUUCUGAAAGUCAACAACAAAAUGCCAACUCCAUCACGACUCUUCGUAGUGGAAAAAUUAUUGACAAAACCAUCCCUUCAAAAGAACUAAAAUCUGGUGGUACUUCAAAGCAAGAAAAUGAUGUUUCCAAAAAGAAUGUGAGCUCGAUCAUUCAACAAAACACUCCACCUAAAUUCAAAGAUCCUGGUUAUCCCACAAUUUCUUGUGUGAUUGGGAAUAAUAGGAUAGAGCGUGCUUUGCUUGAUCUUGGUGCUAGUGUUAAUCUAUUACCUUUUUCUGUGUAUGAGCAACUUGGUUUGGGAGAGCUUAAACCAACAACAACAACACUUCAACUUGCUGAUCGUUCAGUAAAAGUUCCAAGAGGGGUUGUAGAGGAUGUUCUAGUUCAAAUUGAUAAAUUCUAUUUUCCUGUUGAUUUUAUAGUUUUGGACACACAUCCUGUUUUAAAUUCGAAUGCACAAAUACCUGUCAUUCUAGGACGUCCCUUUCUUGCUACUUCAAAUGCAUUGAUAAAUUGUAGAAAUGGUAUCUUAAAACUCUCUUUUGGAAAUAUGACCGUGGAAAUGAAUAUUUUUAACAUUUGCAAGCAACAUGGAGAUGAAGAUGAUUUGCAUGAAGUAGAUCUUAUUGAACAACUUGUUGAUGAUCAAUUUACCGCUACAUCUUCAUAUGAUGCGCUUGAAUUUGAAUUCAAUGAUAAUUCUAAAAAUUCGCAUAUGAUUUCAAGUGUUCAAGAACCAAAGCUCGAUUUGCAACCAUUUUUUGAGAAUUUCUCUAAAUUGGAAGAGUCCAUUGCUAUACAUGAUUCUAAAGAUUGA